CUGCGGAGAGCUGAGGCGCCAUGCAUGGGGGCCGGGGGCCGCUGCUGUUCCUGCUGCUGCUGGCUGGUCGCCUGGGAGCUCAGGGCCGGAACCAGGAGGAGCGCCUGCUUGCAGACCUGAUGCGCAACUACAACCCCCAACUGCGUCCCGCCGAGCGCGAAGCAGACGUGGUCAACGUCAGCCUCAAGCUCACCCUCACCAACCUCAUCUCCCUGAAUGAGCGUGAGGAGGCCCUCACCACCAACGUCUGGAUAGAGAUGCAGUGGUGUGACUACCGUCUGCGCUGGGACCCGCAAGACUACGAGGGCCUGUGGGUGCUGCGGGUGCCAUCCACCAUGGUGUGGCGGCCGGAUGUCGUGCUGGAGAACAACGUGGACGGCGUGUUCGAGGUGGCGCUUUAUUGCAACCUGCUGGUGUCCCCUGACGGCUGUAUCUACUGGUUGCCGCCCGCCAUCUUCCGCUCCUCCUGUCCCAUCUCCGUCACCUACUUCCCCUUCGACUGGCAGAACUGCUCCCUCGUCUUCCAGUCCCAGACAUACAGCACCAAUGAGAUCAAUUUACAGCUGAGCCAGGAGGACGGUCAGACCAUCGAGUGGAUUUUCAUCGACCCCGAGGCCUUCACAGAGAACGGGGAGUGGGCCAUCCGGCAUCGGCCAGCCAAGAUGCUGCUGGAUGCGUCGGCGCCAGCCGAGGAGGCGGGCCACCAGAAGGUGGCGUUCUACCUGCUCAUUCAGCGAAAACCCCUCUUCUACGUCAUCAGCAUCAUUGCCCCCUGCGUGCUCAUCUCCUCUGUGGCCAUCCUCAUAUACUUCCUGCCUGCCAAGGCCGGUGGCCAGAAGUGUACUGUCGCCAUCAACGUGCUUCUGGCCCAGACAGUUUUCCUCUUCCUGGUGGCCAAGAAGGUGCCUGAGACCUCCCAGGCGGUGCCACUCAUCAGCAAGUACCUGACUUUCCUCCUGGUGGUGACCAUCCUCAUUGUCGUCAAUGCCGUGGUCGUGCUCAACGUGUCCUUGCGGUCCCCACACACACACUCCAUGGCCCGAGGGGUCCGCAAGGUGUUCCUGCGGCUCCUGCCUCAGCUGCUGCGGAUGCACGUGCGCCCGCUGGCCCCCGCGGCGGUCCGGGACACCCGGCCCUGCCUACAGAAUGGCUUCUCUGGGUGGUCAGUCACGGCCGGGGAGGAGGUGGCCCUGUAUCUGCCUCACAGCGAGCUCCUCUUCCGGCAGCGGCAGCGGAACGGGCUGGUCAGGGCCGCGCUGGAGAAGCUCGAGAAAGGCCCAGAGCUGGGGCAGAGCCAGGAGUUCUGUGGCAGCCUGAAGCAGGCCACCCCAGCCAUCCAGGCCUGUGUCCAAGCCUGCAACCUCAUUGCCCGUGCCCGCCACCAGCAGACUCACUUCAACAACGGGAACGAGGAGUGGUUCCUGGUGGGCCGCGUGCUGGACCGUGUCUGCUUCCUAGCCAUGCUCUCCCUCUUCGUCUGCGGCACUGCUGGCAUCUUCCUCAUGGCCCACUACAACCGGGUGCCUGCCCUGCCAUUUCCUGGAGACCCCCGCCCCUACCUGCCCUCGCCUGACUGA